AUGCAUUUGCAAAAUAUAGUGGCCGCUGCCUCUAUUUUGUACUAUCUAUCUUCUGUACAUGCUUGGUCUCCAACAGACAGUUAUGCACCAGCUCAAGGUUCAUGUAAUGGCAAUACUAAUUUGGUUAGAGAAGCCAACGGCCUUUCUUCAGCCGAAACAGAGUGGUUAGCCAAGAGAGAAACUAACACCAAAGUCGCUUUAAAGAAAUUCUUAGAGCGUGCAACUAAAGAUUUUGCUGAUAACUCUAUUGUCAGCGAAAUUUUCAGCUCUGCGACUCCUAGAGCAGGUUAUGCUUCCUGUGGUGGUGGUUACAGAGGUACUUUCAUCGACGCAGGUAUUGCCGCAGCUAUGGACGAAAGAACCGUGGGUGCCAAUGAACAUGGUCUAGGUGGUCUAUUACAAGGUAUGAGUUAUAUGACUGGUCUUUCUGGCGGAACUAUGUUUACCUCAACACUGUUAUUCAACAAUUGGACAUCUGUUCAAAAUAUUGUUGACCAGAUGAAUGAUGGUGAUAACUCCAUUUGGGACAUAUCUGUAUCCCCAUUGGCUUUAGCAAGUUCUAAAGACACCACUACCCAAAAGAUGUUCGGUAGCAUCUUGAGUGCUAUUAAAGAAAAAUACGAUGCUGGGUUUGAUGUAACGUUAGCAGAUGUUUACGGUUUAUUCACAGGUUACUAUCUAUACCCAUCUUUGCCAGAUGGUGGUGCUACUGCCUUGUGGUCAGAUAUCCAAGAGAUGGAUACAUUCAAGAACGGUGAAAUGCCACUGAUCAUUGAAUUAUCAAGUGCCGAAAAGACAGAUGAAACUGCUGUUUCCCUAGGGUCCACAGGGUUUGAAAUUACUCCAUUUGAGUUCGGUUCCUGGGACCCUACCGUCAAGGCAUUCACUGACAUGAAAUACUUGGGUACCGAAGUUUCUAACGGUAUUCCAACUAAUGAAGACCAAUGUAUCACAGGUUUUGAUAACGCAAGUUUCUUAUCUGGUGCAUCUUCCAAUAUUGUUAAUUACAUUUACUACCAGGGUAAUGCUAUGUACCGUUCCGUAGUGACAACUCUAAGGAGUAAAUUCCUACCUAGUAACUCUACUGUAGAUCGUAUCGAUGUCAAUAUUAUUAGACCAAAUCCAUUCAAGGACACUGACUUUUAUGAAGGUUCUGAUAACGAACUGAUCGACAUGGAUGGUCUUUACAUGGUUGAUGGUGGUUUUGGUGGUCAAAAUAUUCCAUUCACCCCAUUAAUGAGAAAGGAGCGUAACUUAGAUGUUGUCUUUGCUUCAGACACGACUUUCAAUACCGCAGAUAUUUGGCCAACUGGUUCCUCUUUAGUUAAUACAUAUACUCGUCAAUUCAUGGCUAUCGGUAAGACCGACGCUUUCCCUUACGUUCCCGAUACUGAAACAAUGGUUAACUUAGGUAUUAACAAGAAUCCAACUUUCUUUGGAUGUGACUCCUCAAAUUUGACUGAUUUAGCUUACAUCCCACCUUUAGUAGUCUACUUACCAAAUAGGGCUUACAGUUUCAACUCAAACAUCACCACCUGGACUUUAACUUACACGAAAGAGGAACGUCUAGCAAUGAUUCAAAACGGUUUCGAAAUUGCCACUAGAAAUAAUUUUACUGACGAUCCAGAUUUCUUAGGUUGUGUUGGUUGUGCAGUCAUGAGACGUAAACAAGAACAAUUGGGUCUUGAAUGGCCAAGUGAAUGUGAACAAUGUUUCCAAAGAUACUGUUGGAAUGGUACUAUUGCCCAAUCAAAAAACAGUUCUUCUGAUAGUACUCCAGAUACUAAGAAUGAUGUUCUACCAGAAACAGUUGAUGUCUCUUCUAUAGUAAUCAAUCAAUGUACUGGUGAUGACUGUUACAAUACUAUCCACACUGCUACAUCCACCACAGUUACUUGCCAUGAAUGUGAAAAAAGCAAGGCUGCGCCAUCUGCCUUAUUCACAACCACUACUGUUGAAUGUGAGGAAUGUCAAGAGGGUAAUGCGCAAGCUACUUCUACAGUUGAGUGUGAAGAGUGCGAAGAAGAAGUACAAAAUGGUAAACACAAGUACACCACUGUUACAUCUCUAUCAACUACUACUGAAUUUUGUGAAUUUUGUGAAGAAGCUCAGGCAACCACUACGGCAGGAAAAUACUCUAACGGUUCCAACGAUAAUGAAAAUGGUUCUAACGGUUCCAACAGUCAUGCAAUUGGUUCUAACACUUCUAACAAUAUAAUUAAAUCUUCUACCUCAAGUCCAACUAUCUUACAAGUUACCACAGGUGUACCAACAUAUUCUGUUAUGAGUGUUGUACUAAAUGAAAACAUCGGUAACUCUAUUGAAUUGAAGGGAUUCGCAACCGUUGUCGCUCUAAUGGCUGCAAUGAUUGGUAUUUUCUAA